AUGCCUAUCGCAGUCACACCGCCAGCGGCGCACGCUGCGCUGAAGGACACUGUCUUGUUCUCUCCCUUGAAGCUUGGCAAGUUGACCUUGAAGCAUCGACUUGUGCAGGCACCCAACACUCGCAUGAGAAGCGAAUUCGAGUCCCGUGGAGUUUACGUCCCUGGUCCUCGUAUGGUUAAGUACUACAGCGAUCGCUCCAGUGACGGCGGUCUUCAGAUUACUGAGGCGACCGACAUUGCCCUGAACGCUAGUGCUUACCCCGGUGUUCCUGGCGUCUUUACCGACUCCCAAUUACAGGGAUGGAAAAAGGUAACUGACGCUGUCCAUGCCAAGGGCGGUUUCAUCUUCACACAGUUGUGGCACACUGGACGGGCGUCCUGUAGCGCGCAGCGAGGUGGUGAGAGGGCUGUGUCUUCUGGGGAUCAGCCCAUGCCAGGUACAUAUCUCGAUGGCACUGAUACCAAGGAUGAUCCUCCUCGAGCCUUGACAGUGGAUGAGAUCCACAGCAUUACUGCCGAAUGGGCAGCUGCCGCCAAGCGAGCCGUCGAGGUCGCUGGGUUCGAUGGUAUUGAGAUUCAUGGUGCCAAUGGUUAUCUUCUUGAGCAGUUCCUUCACGACAACAUCAACAGCCGAACUGACGAGUACGGCGGCUCUGUUGAGAACCGAUGCAGAUUUCUGCUUGAGGUCCUUACUGCUUGUUGUGAUGCUAUCGGUGCCGACAAGGUCGGUCUUCGACUUUCGCCUUACAAUUACUUCCAGGGCACGAAGGACAGUGACCCCAACACUCACUGGUCGUACCUCUGCACCCAGAUCGCCAGUCUUCCAGAUAACCACAAGCCUGUCUACGUCCACAUGAUUGAGCCCCGUUUCGACGAGGUUCUCGACGAGCAGCAAAAGCUCGCUGCGCUUGCCAACGGUAGCAGUAAAGAUGGCACUGCUGUUGAAGUUGGCAAGCAGGCAAACUCUCUCAACAUAUUCCGCAACAUUCUCCAGCCUUCUGGCAUUCUAUUCCUAGCCUGCGGAAACUUCAACCGAGACAAUGCUCCCACCAAGAUCAAGAGUCAAGAAGCUGACCUGGUCGCCAUGGGCCGACACUUCAUUGCCAAUCCUGACCUGGCUGAGAGAUUACAGAAUGGCUGGCCUCUUAACGCUUAUGACCGCAACACCUUUUACGGUGCUGAUCCUCCGGAGAAGGGUUACAACGACUAUCCUUUCUACAACCCCUCACAAGAGGUGAAGAGUGAAGCAUAA